AUGGACGCAAUCAAGAAGAAGAUGCAAGCGAUGAAAAUCGAAAAGGACAACGCCGUUGAUCGGGCAGAUGCAGCGGAAGAAAAAUCAAGGCAGAUGCAGGAACGAAUCGAAAAGCUCGAAGAAGAGCUCAGAGACACGCAGAAGAAGAUGAUGCAGGUAGAAAACGAACUGGACAAAGCCCAGGAAGAACUGACUGCCGCGAACAUUCAACUCGAGGAGAAGGACAAGAAAGUCCAAGAAGUAUGUGCCGUAUCGCUGUACAGUGGUUACGGUGACACGGCGAUCGUUGUGAUUUUCGUUCUUCUGCUGCCGUUCGCUUCAGUCGUGCCUUACCUACCGCCAUCCGUUGCCAGUCAACGUUUCGACCAAACCUGA